UUUGGAAAGAGCGCUCAUGUCAGGGUUAACAUGGUUGCUACUGAUGUUUAUAUUGUAACGGUUGUUAUUUAAUGUCGGGGAUUUACACUCGCUUAAUAGAUGUUGGACUGUGUUAAUGAUAUGUUACAACAUACGCCAUUAUUAUAUCAUUCUUUACUUCAGCCAAUCACGCUGCCUCCUUGAUCUACCCAGCAAAAUUCUUGAACCGAGAACACGCCGUCACCCUCUACAGGGAUGUCAAAGUCGUUUCGCAGCUGAGGGGUGCCUGCAAUGCGUUUCAGAGGCAGGCCCGCGCUGCGCAGCCCACGCAAGAGGACCUUGUCAAUGCAAAUAAGUGGUUGCCAUGGGAUGAGGUGAUUCAUUGUGUGGACAUGCAGACAGAAAGAUUUGACAUGGCACGCUCACAGAGUGCCAAGGCUAGGGAGAGCAGGAAUCUGCUGUCGAUCGCGCUUUUCGUAUUGAUACCUCCUUCCAGAGGACAAGAGAUCCGGACACUGCGAAUUGCCCCGUCCGGUGACAGAGAACACGUCCAGGGACUGAAUUCAUUAGUCUUGAAUUCAGAUGGCACCCUCAUGUUCAGAUUCGAGGAUUACAAAACAUAUGGCUCUCAUGGGGUUGAUGUCACAAAUUUGCCAGAAGAUCACAGAUUGAACGUCAUCAUAAGGGAAUAUCUGGACAAAUACAGAGAUAUUCUUCUCGACGCCUCUGACGAUGGCACAACCAACAAUUUUCUUCUCCUGACAGAUAAAGGAAAACCCUUUAGUGGUCCAGCAUUCUCAACCCACAUGAAGUCUGUCUCUUAUCACCUAACAGGAGUGAGUGUCAACUUGCACCUUCUGAGAAGCUCCUUCGUGACUUAUUGUUAUGGGGACAGGUGA